UUGGCUGGCGUGGCCGGCACGUGACUAACGGUCGCGGGAAAGCCGCGGAGUCCGAACGGGAGAGAUCGGAAGCGGCGGCGGCGUCGGUUGGGCGAGGAGGAGCUGGCGAGAAGGGCAGCGCGUGGGCUGUUGGGGGCGUGUCCGUGGGCCUGUCAGCGGCAGCCGGGCUCCGUGGGAGAAAGGCUCGCCGCCCGAGGAGAGAGCAUCGGUUGGCGGGGCUGUCGGCCAUGAGCUUCCUGUGCCAGCAGGCGGCGGAGAGGCGCCUCACAGCAGCCCCGAUCCGGCAGAAGCUGCUCUUCUCCUGCGGAGGAAGCGACUGCGAGGAGGAAGAAGAAGAGGAGGAGGACGAAGACUGCUAUGAAGAGGAGGAGGAGGAAGAGGGCGGCUGCGGCGGCGGCGGCGGGAGCAGCAGCUGCAACAGCACCGGGGAAGACUCUGCCUUCCAGGAGGCCGACUCCCCGCCCCCUGCGGCCCCCGACGACGCCAUGGAGCUGGGGGCCCCUCCGCAGCCCCCGCCGCCUCCGCUAGAAGGAGAGGGGGACUCCUGGGAGGAGGAAGGCUUCGGCUCCUCCUCGCCCGUCAAGUCCCCCGGCGCCUACUUCAUGGCCGGCUCCCCGGGGCCUCUGCUGCUCAGGGGGACAAGGCGGCGGGGCGGAGGAGGGCGGCAGGCCUCUCCCCCCGAGCGGUGCCUGGUGGAGCCCGGCGCCUCGCCCCCUCUGCCCCGGCACCCGGGCACCCCGCCCCACAAGACCUUCCGCAAGCUGCGCCUCUUCGACACGCCGCACACGCCCAAGAGUCUGCUUUGCAAAGCUGAAGGAAUGGGCUCGAGUUCAGCUAAACUCCGAGGUGGUUCUCUCUUUAUGAAUGUUGGAAAACUAGUAAAACAGGAAUCUGACAUGGGGCAAGCUCCUCACGUGAACAUUAAUCCCUUCACUCCAGACUCCCUCUUCCUUCAGUCUUCAAUUGGACAGUGCCGCAGAAGAAAAAGAACACACUGGAACAACUCUUAUGGUGAAGACAUGGAAGCAAGUGAUGGAGAGCUGGAGGAUGAAACUGUCAGACCUGCCAAGCGGAUCAGCAUAACAGAAAGUAAUAUGAAAUCACGAUAUGCCACGGAAUUUCAUGAGGUAGAAAAGAUUGGAUCGGGUGAAUUUGGUUCAGUAUUCAAAUGUGUGAAAAGACUUGAUGGUUGCAUCUAUGCAAUAAAGCGAUCUAAGAAGCCAUUGGCUGGCUCAAUUGAUGAGCAAAAUGCUCUCAGAGAAGUCUAUGCCCAUGCGGUUUUGGGUCAGCAUUCUCAUGUAGUGAGAUACUUCUCCGCUUGGGCAGAAGAUGACCAUAUGCUUAUACAGAAUGAAUACUGUAAUGGUGGCAGUUUAGCUGAUGCCAUCAGUGAAAAUUACAGAAAUAUGCGCUACUUCAGUGAACCAGAAUUGAAAGAUCUACUACUUCAGGUUGCUCGUGGUUUAAAGUAUAUCCAUUCAAUGUCAUUGGUACACAUGGAUAUAAAGCCUAGCAAUAUCUUUAUAUCUCGGACAUCAAUUCCAACCACAAUAUCUGAGGAUAUUGAUGAUGAUGAGUGGUCAUCUAGCAAAGUUGUAUUCAAAAUAGGGGAUCUCGGUCAUGUCACUAGAAUUUCCAGUCCUCAAGUGGAGGAAGGAGAUAGUCGUUUCCUUGCAAAUGAGGUUUUACAAGAGAACUAUAAUUACUUGCCAAAAGCAGAUAUUUUUGCCCUUGCACUAACUGUGGUGUGUGCUGCUGGUGCUGAACCACUGCCAGCCAAUGGGGAUCAGUGGCAUGAAAUACGACAAGGAAAACUGCCUAGAAUUCCACAAGUACUUUCUCAGGAGUUUGUAGACUUAUUGAAAUCAAUGAUAAACUCUGACCCAGAGAAAAGACCUUCAGCAAUUGCUCUAGUUAAGCAUUCUGCAUUGUUAUCUACUGCCAGAAAGAGUGCUGAACAACUGCGAAUAGAACUGAAUGCUGAGAAGUUCAAAAACUCUUUGCUGCAGAAGCUGGACUUUAUCGGAUUUCUGGCCUGACCUUGUUAUGGUAAACGAUUUGGAUUGGUGAUUUCGGAUUUUACUAAGACCACUUGCGGUUCUCCUUGGAACAUGGCUUCCCAGCUUAUUAUGUCCUUCAAAAAUACACCCAAUGCGGAAGCAGAAUUCCAGGACAGGACAGAAUAAGUGUCUCCUUUGCUUGGGGGAGUGGCACAAUGUGUCUCCUUGUCCCCAUUUGUAAAGCUUUCACACCUCAAGCCUGGAAAAAUAGGGAGACUCGUCUCCGAGCAAUCCUCUACAAGCAGGUUUUGGACCCUACAGCUUCACUUACAUUGGGAAAAUCUUCACCCUUUGCCGAGAAGUCCAUCAGAGACUUCCCUGGUCUCUUUAUGCUCUGCCUCACCUUCUCCUUAACAGAUUCAACCAGGAUCUCCCCCACAGGCAUUGGUUAUCAAUGACUUGGCAUCUCCUACUGAUGACAUCAAGUGCUUUGCAGAGCAGGUGAUUAGGAUGGACAAUGCCCUUAACAUCAAGGUCUAGCAUACUGACACAUAUGCACUGGACCUGGUAGAUGAGGUUCUUACCAUCCAUGGUUAAGAUUGCAAAGCGUUUUUGGAUCUCUCCAGCGAUCAUCCUCUCUACCAUCAGGAAAAUAGACAAUUUGUACAGGAUCACACCUUUCGAGGAAUCCUGGCUUUUUGAGCCCCCUAGGCCUAAUCCAGCCAUUGUGGAGGCUUCUCACCUCAGUUAGACUCUGAAAACAUCCACCACUCCAACAGACAAGGAAAGUCACAAACUGGAUGGGAUGGCAAGAAAAUUUUAUGCUACAGUAGUCUUAGAUUUAAAGGUUGUCAACUAUAUGGCAUGUAUGAGUGCAUACCAGCAAUAUAUUUGGGAGAGAUCCCUUCCUCUUCAUGAGGAUAUGCCUGAGAAGAAGCAGCGUCUAGCCAUGGCUGUACACUCAGAGGCCCAUUCCCUUGUUGCACAACAAAGCAUUUAUGCUCAGCAUUCAGCUGACUGCGCGACUAAAGUUGUCUCAGGGUUGGUGGCUCUGGCGCAAUGCAUAGUUCCAGGCCUCUGACCUGACACACCAGGCUAGAGCAGCCAUUGAAGACUUUCCCUUCGAUAACUCCGGCCUGUUCAUCAAAGAGAUGGACAAGAAGUUACAUUUCAAGAACAAGAUGAGGAAUACUGCCCAAAAAUAUGAUAUGUCAGCCUCCUCAUCCCGAGCUGAUCCCUGACAUUGGUAUAGAUGACCCCGACCUUCUUAUCCUCCAUACCAGUACCAACAAUACCAACCCGCUGACCAACCUCAUUAGUGCUACUUGUUCUAGCCGUCGCUCUCCUCGGGUAGACAUCAACAAUCUCAGCCUUGAUGUGAGCAAUCCUUGAAGGAUGCUGACCAAGGAAAGAAAAGGCUGUGAUGUGUUGCUGUGCCAGUACCAUUCUUUGGGAAUAGGCUGGCCCCUUUUGCCAACUCUUGGGCCAGAAUAACUUCCAAUUCAUGGGUCCUUAACAUUAUUUGCAGGGGAUAUUCCCUAGAAUUCAAAGAGAGCCCUCCAACUGGAGCUUUAUGUGUUACACUCCCCUCGGACGUCUUACUCAACCAAGUGCACUCUGUUUUGGAGACAGGUGUUAUGAAACCCAUACAUCCUGCUCAGGUUCAAGAGUACUCCCCCCCCCCGGAUAUUUCACCUUUCCAAAAAAGAUGGGGGCCUGCAACCCAUCUUGGACUUCCACCAUUUGAACUCUUGUAUCUUCUACAGGCACUUUUGUAACCCUUUCUUCUAUACUUCCAUUGUUGCAGAAAGAUUGGUUUGCCACCCUCGACCUCAAGGAUGCUUACUUCCACGUAGAAAUCUGAUAGGAUCACCACAUGUUCCUUGCUUUCUCCAUCGGCACCGACUUGUUUCAGUUUUGAGUCUUGCCCUUUGGCCUCUCCAUGGCUCUAAGAGUGUUCAUGAAAUGCAUGGCGGUGGUGGUUGCAUACCUGCGUCAGCACAAGAUAUGUUUUCUCAUACCUAGACAAUUGGCUGUUUGUGGCUCCAUUCAAGGACUUCCUAGCUAGGUACAACAACCUAGAGACAACUUCCUUACUGUGCAAUCAUAAGGUUUGUGCAGUGGAAGGCUUAAUGACCGUUGUCCACUCUGAUGGCAAUUGGAAUUUUCACUGACUAAGGAUUCCUGUUUCUCCCCCUCCUCCAAUGAAAGGGCUGUCUGCUAGACUGGCUCCAGCUUCCAGGCCUUUGCCAGACCCACCAUCUCCAUUCUAAAGACACUCACUGGGCUUCCUCUUGUUGGUCCCAUUGAUCAUGCUCUCAGUUAGCUUUGAGUUCAUGCACAAGCUCUAGAUCCUCUUCAACAUGCAGAUUCUGCUCGAGAGGCGAUCAUCAUUGCCAUAAUCAUCAGCCUCAUAGACAGAGCAGAUACCAGGACUUCAAAAUCCUGCUAUUUUAUGUAUAGUGACUCCUUAGUUUAAGACAAUUGUUCUUGGCAGGACUGUGCCUGCUAUUAUAAAGACUAGACUAGGCAUGAAUAAAUCUUGCUUGUAAAUAAAGUUACAUGACUCAUAGGUGUUCUUGACACAGAUGCCACAAAGACACUAUGAUCAUUACAUCUACCAACUAAGCCAUUCAAUGUACUAGACAUAUUGUACAGUAGAGACCUCCAGUGAAACAACAACAUCAGGCCUCCUUCAAAGCACUGCAAGAUGCCUCUAAAUGAGCAACAACACUGGCCAAGAUAAAAGCAACUGUUGAUGCUGCUACCUCUGCUCACCCUCUACAGCAUCCACCUCAGCCACUGGCACCUCAGACUCUGGCUUGGAUUUGGACUAAGUCUCCACCACUUCAUUAAAGUUUCCUCUGCUUGCACUUGGUGCUCUGGACCCAUCAUCAUGUGAUGGCUACCACCGAUUAUCCUUUCACCAGCCUCUCAUAUCAAAUGGAUGAUGUUCCAGGACUUUUGGGCCCCUCUCAGGGUUUCUCCUUUGGACACCAGCAUUGAGCAUAUAUUGGACUUCCUACUGCCAUUGUCACCCAAGGGACUACCCAAGCCUUUGGUCUGAUUUUAUGUCUCUGCAUUCUCUGUGAACGUUCAGCUCUUCAGAAAGCUCCCGUUUGCUUGAUCACCUGGUAAAGCCUCAUGAGCCUCAAACUCAUCCUGAGAUGUCUCUGCUGUAAUCCCUUCAAGCCCAUGGCCAUUUGUGACCUUCAGUUACUCUGCUGAAAUACUGCAAUCCAGAUUGUGAUUGUGACUGAUGGACAGGAUGAUGAGCUCUGUUCUCUCAGGAUGGAUCACCCAUACCUCUGUUUCACAGUUAAUGCCGAAGCUGGUGUCAGCCAUUCAUUUUAACCAGGACAGAGUUAUAUCUACCUUCCUGCCAAAUCUAGCUUUUAGAGACAUUGGUAUUGUCUUGAUGUAUGGAGUGCUCUAGCCUUCUACACUGACAGGAUUGCAACCUUUCAGGCCUCACAAAGACUUUUUGUAUGCUCCUCUUUGUCAAAGGAAGGACUGCCUGUACUGUUGCAGCACGUCACCAGGUGGGUGGCAUCGUUCAUCCAUCUGUUAUAUGAACUUGCUUGAAAGGAUCCUCCUGUUUGGAUUUGAGCCAUUCCACGCGACCAUGGUCACGUCUUCUGCCUUCUUGGUUGCUUUGCCUUUCAAAAACAUUUUUGUGCAAUAUCCUAUUGUUUAUCUGUUAUACAUUUAUACUUGUUACAUUUGUUCUAGGACUGACAUUGCAGUAUUGCUAUCCAGUUUGUCUUGAAUGUACUGCAUUCUAGUUUGCUUUGAAUGUUCUUUUUCACUUUGAAUUUUGUACUGUGUUUUCAUGUUUUAGGAUAGUUCUGUUUCUGGAAACCUGGUAUGGGUGGGAGGCAUGACCCUCAUCUUUGAUGUCCAGCAUUUGACUUAAUAUUCAGUAAAGUUUUGACUUGUUUACAGUGA